AGCCUUACAGCCCGGCUGUAUGGGUCAUGAUGUUCGUGAUGUGCCUCACCGUGGUGGCUGUCACCGUCUUCGUGUUCGAGUAUUUCAGCCCCGUUGGCUACAACCAGAACCUCACCAGCGGCAAGAGGCCAGGAGGACCCUCCUUCACCAUUGGCAAGUCAGUGUGGCUGCUGUGGGCUCUGGUCUUCAACAACUCGGUGCCCAUCGAGAACCCCAAGGGCACAACCAGCAAGAUCAUGGUGCUCAUCUGGGCCUUCUUCGCCGUCAUCUUCCUCGCCAGCUACACUGCCAACCUGGCUGCCUUCAUGAUUCAGGAGCAGUACAUUGACACCGUGUCGGGGCUGAGCGACAGGAAGUUCCAGAAGCCACAGGAGCAGUACCCCCCCUUCCGCUUCGGCACCGUCCCCAAUGGCAGCACCGAGAGGAACAUCCGCAGCAACUACCCCGACAUGCACACCCACAUGGUGAAGUACAACCAGCGCUCUGUGGAGGAUGCCCUCACCAGCCUCAAAAUGGGGAAGCUGGAUGCCUUCAUCUACGACGCAGCGGUGCUCAACUACAUGGCGGGCAAGGACGAGGGCUGCAAGCUGGUGACCAUCGGCAGCGGGAAGGUGUUCGCCACCACGGGCUACGGCAUCGCCCUGCAGAAGGACUCGCGUUGGAAGCGGGCCAUCGACCUGGCCCUGCUCCAGUUCCUGGGAGACGGAGAGACCCAGAAGCUGGAAACGGUUUGGCUAUCAGGGAUCUGCCAGAAUGAGAAGAACGAGGUGAUGAGCAGCAAGCUGGACAUCGACAACAUGGCCGGAGUUUUCUACAUGCUGCUGGUGGCCAUGGGGCUGAGCCUGCUGGUCUUCGCCUGGGAGCACCUCGUCUACUGGAAGUUGCGUCACUCUGUCCCCAAGUCCCACAAGCUUGACUUCCUCCUGGCCAUCAGCAGG